GACCAAUGAAAACUAACUAGCCGCCCCCUGUUCCUACUCUACUACCAACUUAUUUGAGCGUUCCCAGCUUCCAAUUUUAAAUUGCUAUAAAGCUUUCAACUUUAACUAGCCGUCGUCUUCUUCUGCUUCUUCUUCUUGCUUCGCACACGCACUUGUCGUGAAGCGUGUCCGACUCUGCUCCGAUAACCAUGGAUUCACAUCUAAUCCAGCCGUUGAUCGCGUUCCUAAUCUCGACCUUCGUGGCCGCCCGAGCCUACCGCAGGGAAUCACUCGACUUUUCCGGCGCAAUCGCCGGCCUCGCGGUUAUGACUCUUCACAUUGCAGUCGGAUACAGGUACGGAGCUGUGUUGCUCGUCUUCUUUUUCACCUCGUCCAAGCUCACCAAGGUUGGUGAAGACAAGAAGCGUAGAGUUGACCCUGAAUUCAAAGAAGGCGGUCAACGGAAUUGGAUACAGGUUCUAUCGAAUGCAGGGAUUUCCUCUGUUUUGGUUGUGGGGCUUUGGACGCUGACGGGUUUGGAAGAUAAAUGCCUGGACUCGAAGGAAUCGGUACUUGUUACUGCACUGAUGGGUGGGGUUAUAGGACACUACGCUUGCUGCAAUGGAGACACUUGGUCUUCUGAGCUUGGAAUUCUUAGUGAUGAUCAGCCUCGGUUAAUCACAACCUUCAAGCCUGUGCGGAAAGGUACCAAUGGCGGAGUUACUAAAGCAGGAUUACUGGCAGCUGCUGCAGCAGGCUCUGUUAUCGGACUGGCGUUUGUGCUUGUUGGCUUUCUCACUACAAAAUGUACAUAUGACGUAGCACUGAAGCAACUGUUUGUAAUACCUCUUUCUACUCUUGCUGGACUUUUUGGUAGUGUCAUUGAUUCUCUUUUGGGAGCAACACUGCAAUUCAGUGGAUUCUGCACUGUUCGUAACAAGGUUGUUGGGAAACCAGGACCUACUGUCAAGAAGAUAUCGGGUCUCAAUUUUCUUGACAACAAUGCUGUGAAUGUUGUAUCAAUCCUGAUAACAACAAUCAUCACUUCCAUUGCCUGCAUUUACGUCUUUUGAGACCGACCGGUUCAACUCACUGUUAUGAGUUGUUCAGACAGUGUUGAUGCACCGCACUACGGAUCCAUGUACUAGCACCACAGUGUGUAUCUUUGCCCAUCUGAAAGAGGGUGUUUCUAGGCUAACCCUAAACCCUAACUACGGAAAAGUGGGGUUCACAGUGUUCUGCAAGCUGAUUUUCUUACAUUCAUGAAUUGACAUAAUUUACAUGAAGGAUCUUUGUUAAGCAUAAGCUAUCAGAUAAUGGUCGUUACCCAGCUCAGUCAAUAUUUAGAA